GACUCAGUCGCGUGUGUUUCCCAGCUUCAUUCCGGAGGCGUACAACAACACACCGCUGGAUCCCGACCGCCUGCUGAUCGUGAUCCUCUGCGUGUUUGCUGUGCCUGUGUGUGUGUGACUGUGCGCGGACGUUUAUUAUUUACCCAACCUUACAAUCCGGUUCGGUUUUACGCUUGACCGACCGUCACAUCAAGGUGCAAAGAAGGUGCGAAAAUUAUUGUACCAUUUUUCGGUGUGUUUGGCUUUACUUUUGUGGGAGCAAGCAAAAUGACACCAUUCGGUAAAGCACUGGUCGUAUUUGCGAUCGUUGGCCUCGCCCGGGCCCAACAGCCGAUCGAUAAAAUCUUCUUCCCCGAGAACGAUACGAUCCUAAACUUUGCGAAUCGUGUUGGCGAGGGUGAUAGCAGUGGCUUCCAGGCAGGCCAACCAGAUCCACUGGACGCUAUUACGCCGACCGUACGGCCCCAAACGCUACUGACGGCGCAAGGUGAACGAUGCACAUGCGUACCUUACUUCACCUGCCAACCGCAGCCCGAAUUUGCCGAGCAGAACAAGUUCAACGAGAUCAAUGUCAACUACAAUCCCGAAAGCUGUCAGGAUGUGUUGGAUGUUUGCUGCCGGGAUGUGGAUUCGUUGGUGGUACCGAUGAACAAUACGCCCGGUGAGCUCCCGGUCGGACGGCCCCGUGGCUGCGGGCUUCGCAACAUCGGUGGAAUCGAUUUCACGCUGACUGGCAACUUUAAUAAUGAAGCCGGGUUUGGUGAGUUCCCGUGGACGGUGGCCAUCGUUAAAGUGCAGGAUGGAAGCAGCAGCUGUGGCGGUUCACUGAUUCACCCGAACCUCGUCCUCACCGGUGCGCACUGUGUGCAGGGCUUCCGGCAGGGCCAGCUGAAGGUACGGGCCGGCGAAUGGGACACGCAGACGACCAAGGAACGUUUGCCGUACCAGGAGCGAAUGGUGACGCGUGUCAACAGCCAUCCCGACUUUAAUCCGCGCAGCCUUGCCAGUGAUAUCGCCAUUCUCGAGCUCGAACAGCCCAUCCAGCCGGCGGAACACAUUAACGUGGUUUGUCUGCCGUCGGUUAACUUCGACACGCGCCGUACGGAUUGCUUCGCCAGCGGCUGGGGCAAACAUCAGUUUGGCAAGGCGGGCCGCUACAGUGUGAUCAUGAAGAAGGUACCACUGCCGCUGGUACCUUCCUCGACCUGUGAACGGCAGCUGCAGGCGACGCGACUCUCGUCACGCUUCCGGCUGCACCAAACAUUCAUCUGUGCCGGCGGUGAGCGUGGUGUCGAUACGUGCGAAGGCGAUGGUGGUGCACCGCUCGUGUGCCCGAUUGGUGCGGCCAGCGAAAACCGGUACGCACAGGUCGGCAGUGUUGCCUGGGGCAUUGGCUGUCACGAUGCCGUACCGGGGGUCUACACAAACAUCAUUCUAUUCCGUUCCUGGAUCGACAACGUCGUGCGGACGCUAGGUUUCGACACGACCGUAUACGAUGCAACGCAGUCUGCGUUUUCGAGCCUGUUUGCCUAAUUUACAUGCUUCCUUUUCUCGCCACCAAUCAAAGGCCACCGUAAUAACAGAGGGUUCACAGGAAACUAGCAAUAAACACAUUAGGUGCUUCAAAGUGCUUCGUACGUA